AUGAAAGAAAGUACAAGCAAAACGUCUUCAAAAGUUCACAAUGUUUAUGCAGCAUGGGCAAAAGAUGUCCGUGAAUGUGAAGAGAAGUACCAGGUGAACAGACAACACGGUCUCUCUGACAAUGAAGUCAAGAAAAGGUUACAAAUUUAUGGAAAGAAUGAAUUGGAGAAGCAUGAAGGACAGUCAAUUAUGCAGCUAGUUUUAGAUCAGUUUAACGAUACACUAGUUAGGAUUUUACUUUCUGCAGCUUUGAUUUCUUUUGUUCUAGCAUGGUAUGAUGGCGAUGCAAGUGGCAAGAUGGAGAUUACAGACUUUGUUGAGCCUCUAGUUAUAUUUUUGAUACUUAUUGUAAAUGCAAUGGUCGGCAUUUGGCAAGAAAACAAUGCAGAAAAAGCGUUAGAGGCUCUUAAAGAAAUUCAGUCAGAACAAGCAUCUGUUAUACGUAAUGGAAGGAAGGUUUCAAGUCUUCCUGCAAAGGAACUUGUUCCUGGUGAUAUUGUUGAGCUUCGGGUUGGUGACAAAAUACCGGCUGAUAUGAGGGUCUUACAGUUAAUUAGUUCAACCCUUCGGGUGGAACAAGGUUCACUUACUGGAGAGAGUGAAGCUGUAGGUAAAACUACAAAACCAGUAGCCGAGGAUUGUGAUAUCCAAGGGAAGAAAUGUAUUGUAUUUGCAGGGACGACAGUUGUAAAUGGAAACUGCAUCUGUUUGGUUACAUCUACUGGGAUGAAUACCGAGAUAGGAAAAGUGCAUUCUCAAAUUCAUGAAGCGUCGCAGAAUGAAGAAGACACCCCGUUAAAGAAAAAGUUAAAUGAAUUUGGGGAAGUUUUGACUAUGCUAAUUGGAUGCAUUUGUGGAUUGGUUUGGGUUAUUAACUUAAAGUACUUUCUUGAUUGGGAGUAUGCAGAUGGCUGGCCCCAAAACUUCAAGUUUUCUUUUGAGAAGUGUACGUAUUACUUUAAAAUUGCAGUUGCAUUAGCAGUUGCAGCUAUUCCCGAAGGUUUGCCUGCUGUGAUUACUACAUGCUUAGCUCUUGGUACCCGUAAAAUGGCUCAAAAUAAUGCACUUGUUAGAAAAUUACCAAGUGUUGAGACACUUGGAUGUACAACGGUGAUUUGUUCUGAUAAGACUGGUACUCUUACCACUAACCAGAUGGCGGUGACUAAGCUUGUUGCCAUGGGUCAAGGAGUAAAUACGAUUAGAUCGUUCAUCGUGGAAGGGACCACCUACAAUCCUUCAGAUGGGAAAAUCCAGGACUGGCCAGCUGGGAAAAUGGAUGAUAAUCUUCAAACAAUUGCAAAAAUUGCUUCGUUGGCUAAUGAUGCUGGUAUUGAACAAUCUGAAAAAGGUCAUGUUGCGAUUGGGAUGCCCACUGAGGCAGCAUUGAAGGUUCUUGUUGAGAAAAUGGGGCUUCCUGCCGGAUUGAGUUCUAUUUCAUCUAAAGGUUGUUCCGAGGCAUGGAAUACACUUGAAAGCAGGAUCGCCACCCUUGAGUUUGAUCGUGAUAGGAAAUCUAUGGGGGUCAUUGUGUCCUCCACUUGUGGAAAAAAAUCAUUACUUGUGAAGGGUGCAGUCGAAAAUUUGUUGGAAAGAAGCUCAUUUGUCCAGCUGCUUGAUGGUUCUACUGUUGAAAUUGAUCAGAAAAAAGAGGUUAUCCUAGACACCCUUAAUGAAAUGUCAAGAGAUGCAUUACGUGUAUUGGGUUUUGCAUAUAAGGAGGAGCCCGAACAAUUUAAGACAUAUAAUGGCAACGAAGACGAUCCUGCUCACAGCCUUCUACUUGAUCCAGCAAAUUAUCCAUCAAUUGAGAGUAACCUAACAUUUGCAGGCAUGGUAGGACUGCGGGAUCCACCUCGUAAAGAGGUUCGUCAAGCCAUUGAAGACUGCAGAGCAGCUGGAAUUCAAGUUAUGGUAAUAACAGGAGAUAACAAGAACACAGCAGAAGCAAUCUGUCGUGAGAUAGGUGUAUUUAUACCAGGUGAGGACAUCAGUUCUAAAAGCAUAACAGGGAAAGAAUUCAUGGAACUUCGUGAUCCAAAAGGUCACUUAAGGCAAAAAGGAGGACUUCUUUUUUCAAGAGCUGAACCGAAGCAUAAACAAGAAAUAGUGAGAUUACUCAAAGAUGUGGGUGAAGUUGUUGCAAUGACUGGGGACGGUGUGAAUGAUGCACCUGCUUUGAAAUUAGCUGAUAUAGGAAUUGCGAUGGGUAUCGCUGGGACGGAGGUUGCGAAAGAAGCUUCAGACAUGGUCUUGGCAGAUGAUAAUUUUAGCACCAUUGUGGCUGCAGUUGGGGAGGGAAGGUCCAUUUACAACAACAUGAAAGCAUUUAUUCGAUAUAUGAUCUCUUCAAAUAUUGGUGAGGUUGCAUGCAUAUUUUUGACGGCUGCUUUAGGGAUUCCAGAAGGUCUUAUUCCUGUGCAGCUUCUGUGGGUCAAUCUUGUUACCGACGGACCACCUGCAACAGCCUUGGGUUUUAAUCCACCGGACAAGUAUAUCAUGAAAAAGCCUCCUCGAAGGAGCGAUGAUUCCUUGAUCAAUGCUUGGAUUUUAUUUCGCUAUCUGGUCAUCGGAUUUUAUGUUGGAAUUGCGACUGUUGGAAUUUUCAUCAUAUGGUUCACUCGUGAUUCUUUUAUUGGAAUCGACCUCAGUGGAGACGGUCACAGCCUUAUAACCUACUCACAACUUUCACACUGGGACCAAUGCAGUUCUUGGCAGAACUUCACAGUCUCUCCUUUCACAGCCGGAAACCAUAUUUUCAAUUUCGACUCCAACCCUUGUGACUACUUUCGAACUGGGAAAGUCAAAGCCAUGACUCUCUCCCUAUCCGUACUAGUAGCAAUUGAAAUGUUUAAUUCACUAAAUGCACUCUCAGAAGACGAAAGCCUCUUAACUAUGCCACCUUGGGUCAACCCAUGGUUACUUCUGGCUAUGUCAGUCUCAUUUGGGCUUCAUUUCUUGAUCUUAUAUGUUCCGUUUCUUGCUCAAAUAUUUGGGAUUGUUCCGUUAAGCUUGAACGAGUGGCUCCUUGUGUUGGCAGUUGCUUUUCCUGUAAUCUUGAUUGAUGAAAUGCUCAAGUUUGUCGGUAGGCGUAACAAUGUGGCGCAAUCCGUCUCAAAGUCUUCAAAGCACAAGGCGGAAUAAGACCUUCCAUUGUUUGGCAUUAUAUCCGAUUUAUG